CAAACUAUAGACAAACAAAAUGGGUCCAACUUGAUCAAUGACAUCACACUACCUACACACAAAACAAAACACAACAUUGUCAAAAUUUAGUACUUAAUCUUGAGUCAUUCGACACACACACACUAGUCAUCCUUGAAAAGUUGUCCUUCAAAUCAGAUUCUGAACAAGAUUCAGUAUUUAUCAUAAGAAAAAAAGCCACUAAUAAGAGUGUAAAGAAGAGAAAUGGGGAUGAUGGAGAUGCAAUCUUGGUCAACAGAUUUUUUUCCAUUUUUGGCAAUGAUGAUGGUGGAAUGCUGUGAAAUGGGGAUGAUUACACUUGGAAAAGCAGCCAUGAAUGAUGGACUGAGCAAUCUUGUUUAUGUUGUUUACUAUAAUGCCGUUGGUACCCUUUUUCUUCUUCCUUUCUUAAUCUUCCAUAGGCGCAGAAGCAAUAUGGCUCCUAUUACAUUGUCUAUACUGUGGAGAUUCUUCCUUCUUGGCCUACUGGGAAUUUGUUUGCUGCAGGCCAUGGCCUUUACAGGUAUUAAAUACAGCUCUCCUACUCUGGCAGCUGCUUUAGGGAAUUUGAUACCAGGUUUUACAUUUUUGCUUGCCAUCAUUUUCAGGAUGGAGAAGUUAGAUAUAAGAAAGGCCAGCAGUCAAGCAAAAUCUGUAGGCACCAUAGUGGCAAUUAUAGGGGCAUCCAUCAUGACUCUAUAUAAAGGACCAAGAGUAUUAGGAUCAGAUUUACCCUCUGAUUCUAAUUCAUCUUAUCACUCUUUACUUUCACAAGAAUCAAACUGGGUACUGGGAGGUCUUCUCAUUACCAUUACCUGCAUUAUGUCUUCUGGAUGGAACAUUCUUCAGACAGAUACUGUGAAGAAAUACCCUGAACAAAUGACAAUAGUGUUCUUCACUUGCUUCUUUGGGAGUAUUCAAUGUGCAAUUUUAACUCUGGCAAUAGAAAGAAAUCCAGAGGCAUGGAUGGUGAAGCCUGGGAUUGGGAUGACAGCCAUUGUUUUCUCAGCGAUUUCUGGAAGUGUCUUUCGUUACAACAUAGUGACAUGGUGCUUGGACAAGAAAGGCCCUCUUUAUGUAGCCAUGUUUAAGCCCUUGGGAAUGGUCAUUGCAGCAAUUUUGGGGAUCAUUUUUCUUUCAGAUUCACUCCAUUUAGGAAGUGUUAUUGGAGCAGUUAUCAUAUCAGCUGGAUUUUACUCUGUGCUGUGGGGAAAGGCUAAGGAGAUCAAGUCCAUGCUUGAGGUUGAGGACAUUGUUUGUGGAAUUGAAUCAACAAGCCCAAGAAGCCCUCUAUUAUUAAAGAAGUAAAUUACAACAAGAAAAGCAUAAAAUAAAGUGUUAUUGGCAGGCCUUCUAUAUUCAUACCUGCACAAGAAGCAAACUGUUUCCAAAGCUUAAAAGCUAUGGGAGAUGUUAGAAUAAGAGGAGACAUGGUCUCCAUUUUGUGAUCAGAAUAGCACCAACAUCUGGACACAAUUGGUAUCUGCAGUUUUUUCAAGUUAUCAGCAGUAGAAAUCCUACUAUUCCAUAGCCUCCAUAAGAAAAAACUGAUCUUGAUAGAUAAGCCCUUUGCCCAUAUGUAUUCAUACUGCCUUGAAAUUUGUUGCUUAUGUCAGUUCUCCAAGCACUCCUGACUGUAAACUGCAAAAUUAGUAUUUCCCAUCCACCAUGCUUUAUCAUUAUCCACCUGCAUGAUCAUUGGUUUAAUGGUAUCUCUGAUGUGUUGAGCAAUUUCUUUUGGUAUCAACUCUCUUAUCUUUUGUAAAUUGCACUGUCCAUUCAAAAUAAACUCCUUAACUUUAAUCUCCUCCUCUUCUGCAUGAUCAGGUAGAAGUGUAGAACAAAGUAAAGUACCCCUUUCUUUGUCUAAUUGUCAAACCAGAAGCUAGAAUUAUCUGCUCUAAUCAGCUACCAAAUGUUAUAUUCCACCUCCUCUCUAAUUUCCACCAUUUUCUUCCAUAUAUUAGAUGCUCCUUUGGCCUGAGAUAUUGUGGGAUGUAGCUUCUUGCAGUAUUUAUUCACCAUAAAGGAACCCCAUAGAGAAGGUAUGGUCCUUAAGUUCCACCUAACUUGGCAAAAAGAGCCUUUGAUGGUCCAUCAAUGAUAUGAAGCCCAAUCCUCUCUCAUUCUUUGGAUAACACACUUUUUCCCAUGCAAUCCAAUGUUUACCUUUCACACCAUCAGUGUUACUUCAGAAUUGUUUUAAUGAAGUUUCUUAACAACGCCUACUAGAGGCUUCAUAGCAGAUAGAGGAUACACUGGCAUGAUUUGUAAACACGUGCUAUCAAUAUAUAUCUACCACCAAAUGACAAGAAUCUAUUUUGGACAUGACUCUUCUCAUUACCUUCUUGAUCAGAUCCUCCAAGUAAACAUUCUUUCUUCUAC